CUUGGCUGCCCUUCUCGACUGCCUUUCGCGUAGACAAUUAGCUUAACUAUGGUACUGUUGCCCCUCUGAGGAACUUUAUGUAUCAAUACUGCCCCUGGAUUCUUUCAAGCACACCAGGUUGAGCCCACCACAAUCCUCUACAGUCCCAAAUAUGGCCUCUGCUCAAUUUUUCAACUAUCCAGGGACUGAGUCCAACGCCGAGCAAUAUCACUACUCCCAAGCCGUAAAGAUCGGAAACGUCGUUCGCACAUCAGGUCAGGGCGGUUGGGACGAGAAAGGAAAUAUCACCACCGACCUCGAAAAGCAGAUCGCUAUUGCGUUCGAGAAUGCUCUCAAAGCUCUUCAAGCCGUUCACCCACGCCUCAACUUCAAAGACAUUUACGCGAUUCGCUCCUAUCAUCUUGAUAUGGACUCGAGUUUCGACGUCAUGACGACGACGUUCAAGAAACUGUUCCCGAAUCAUAGACCUAUCUGGACGUGUAUCCAAAUCGGCAAGCUUGGAUUGGAAGGGAUGCAGGUUGAAAUCGAAGUUGAAGCGUUGAUCCCUGUCUAA